AUGGUCAUUUCAAUUCAAACGCAUUCUACAGCCAACAACAUGAAGUGCAUCGCUCUCACCAUUCUUCUAUGUGCUGUAGCGAUUGAUGCUAAGCCCUAUGUGGAUGGCCUUGGUCUAGGUGGAAUUGGUGCAGGAGUAGGAGCUCGCAUCGGUAGCGCUCUCGGCUCUGGCAUAGGCCUUGGCUUGGCUGGAGCUGGAGCUCUGGGGCAAGGGGCGUUAGGAAUGGGCUUAGGUACAGGCUUGGGCACCGGGAUAGGUUUGGGUUCCGGAAUUGGUUUGGGUUCUGGAAUAGGUUAUGGUUCCGGAGUAGGUUAUGGUUCCGGAGUGGGUUAUGGUUCCGGAAUAGGCUAUGGUUCCGGAAGAGGUUAUGGUUCCGGAAUAGGUUAUGGUUCCGGAAUAGGCUAUGGUUCCGGAAGAGGUUAUGGUUCCGGAAUGGGUUAUGGUUCCGGAAUAGGUUUAGAUGCCAUAAUU